AUGAGAAUCGUUCCUGUAUUGGCUCUUAUUCUCGCAGUUGCAACUGCUAGAGUGACAAAGACAGAAAGUCCAAAGGAAGUGUUGGCUUAAAUUAACAAGGAUUCAUUUGGAAAUUCAGUGUUGUCAGUCCUUUAACUUUAAUUGGCAACAGGUGGACCCGUAGGUGAAAUUCAAAUUCUCUUAAACAAUAUUGCUUCCCAACUUAAUGGAGAUUAAAAGAAAGCUGACAAAGUUCACGAAAGUGAUACAGUUGCUUUCGAAAAGAUUAUUGCUGACUUAGAACAAGAAAUUGCUUAUCAUUAAACCCAAAUUGUUGCUCUUUCAAAUUUGAGAGACUCCACAACUGAAGCUUUGGGUGAAGCUGAAUCCGAAGUCAGAGUUGUUACCUCAGAUAUUGCCAAUAACGAGAAAAGCUUUGCUGAUGAAUCUGCUACAAGACAAUCAUAACACGAUACCUGGGUUAGAAAAGAUGCAGAACACGUUGAUUAAAUGGAAGCUAUUGAUGAAGCUUCAAAGAUCGUUUAACAUUUAUAAGCUGGUGUUGCCUUUGCUCAACUCAAAAGUAGAUUCGAAAAGGUCUAAGCCAAAUUGAUGGAAUCCAAACACGCACUCUUCAAGCCACUCAUCAACGCCUUGACUUAAUUAGCCUCAAAGGUCGACAACAAGAGCAUCAUCAAGAUCUUAGAACUCUUGGCUCAAAUCAGAUAACAAUUGGUUGCCAGCAGAGCAUCCUUACUUGCCACAGAAGAAAGACAAGCUGCCAACUGGGAAGUUCAAAGUUCCCAUUUGUAAGAAGAACACAAGAGAUUAGUCGAAAGAAAGGCUUUCUUAGAAAACUCAAUUGUCCAAUUCAAAGUGACCAUUUAAGAGUCUGUUGAGGAUUUAGAAGAUCAAACUUUAUUCCUUGAAGAUGCUGAAGACUCAUUGGCUAUUUAAGAAAGAUGGGCUGCUGAAUAAGAAUCCCAAUAUGAAGCUUAAACCUUCGAAAGAGAACAAUAAUUGGAAGUUGUUGAAAGAUUAUAAGAAGUUCUCACUCAAAAGUUGAGCGCUGCAUCAGAAUUCCUCCAAAUCAGAGAAGAGGUCUUUUGAUUAUGAAGUCCAAUAUAUUCAAUAUAGAAAUCUUCAUAAAAU